AAUAAAAUAUUAUAUAAAUAAAAAUUUGAAAAUUUUGUAUGUCCGAAAAUUAUUUUAAUAAUUAACAUUUGCACCAUCUGAAAUCUUUUUAGAUAUAAAAUUUUAAAUCCAAGAUACCAAUUUCCUUAAUUCUGCCUAAAAAUUAAAACAAAGUUACCAAUUAGAUAAAAGAUAAUGGGUAAAAACAAUAGCAAACUCAAGCCAGAAGUGAUAGAAGAUCUCAAAGAAUCAACGGAAUUUUCAGAUACGGAGAUAAGAGAAUGGUACAGAGGUUUUCUUAAGGAUUGUCCCCAGGGUAACUUGACGGUGGAAGAAUUCAAAAAAAUUUAUGGAAAUUUUUUUCCAUACGGUGAUGCCUCGAAAUUUGCCGAACACGUAUUCAGAACCUUCGAUUCUAAUGGAGAUGGAACAAUUGAUUUUAGAGAAUUUCUUACGGCUUUGAGUGUCACUUCCAGAGGAAGACUGGAAGAUAAGCUUUCGUGGGCCUUUAGUAUGUACGAUUUAGACAAAGAUGGUUCCAUAUCUAAGCAGGAGAUGCUGGAGAUUGUCACGGCGAUUUACAAAAUGGUUGGUUCUGUAAUGAAAAUGCCAGAAGAUGAAUCAACUCCAGAAAAAAGAACGGAAAAAAUAUUCAGGCAAAUGGACCUUAAUCAUGACGGCUUACUAUCUCUAGAAGAAUUUAUAAAAGGGGCUAGGAAUGAUCCAUCUAUAGUGAGAUUGUUGCAAUGCGGAAGUAAUGGAGGGACCAAUAUCAUAAUAGAUGAAGCUGAUCCCCUUAGCUCUACAGGCACACCUUCUAAUCACACAGGAGAUAAUGGAUCAGUUAAAAAUCCUAAUUUAAGUCUAUCUAAAAUAUCUCCUCAGUAGAUAAUAGUAUUUUCACAAUCACCUUUCUCACUUUCAAAUGACAAAAAUAUUUAUUUGUUUCUAUUUGGAAUUCUUAAUAUUGUCUUCUUUUCAAUUUAAUAUGGAUUAACCAUGAAUAUUUUGUAAAUAUAUGUAAAUCUCAACGAAUUUAUAAUACUUAUAUUCGCGGAAGUUCUAUCUUAAUACAUAUCAUAAAUCUUUUAAAACUAAAAAGGCCUAUUCAUUUAGAAAUUUAUGUAUAAAUCAUAAAUUGCAAAAUUAAACUAUCUUUUUAUCAUUCAAUAACAUAUUUAUAAUACAUUCCUCUU